AUGGAUUAGAGAUAAGAAAAUUAUAAGGAAGUUAUAAUCGAUUGGAUGUAAUAUAAACUUUAAUUAAUAGCUAUAACUUAAAAUACAUUUUAAACGCUUAUUUGACUAACAAAAAUGUUCCUUCAGGUCACCCAAUUUAUAUUUUAGGAAAUCGAAUUGAUAUUGAAAAUAGUGAUAUUGAAGUAAACUAAUUUUUUUACAUAAGGAUCGUAUCAAUAAAAUUAAAUAGAUUGUUUAAGAAACUAUAUGGAUUACAUAUAGAAGAAAUUUUCCACCUUUAUAUAGUAAUUUUAUAUGUGAUUUUUAAGAAUCCAAUUAUAUUUCAGAUACUGGAUGGGGUUGUAUGCUAAGAGUAGGAUAAAUGGCCAUGGCUUAAAUGCUUAAAAAACAUUUGAAAAAUCAUGGAGAUAAAAGAGAUAAUGAUUGUGAUAACAUUUUACUAGCCUUUGCUGAUAAUGAUUCAUUAGAAUGCAAUUAAUUCAUAGAAUUCUAUAAUAAAAAAGAUAGAUAAAAAUUACAUCCUUUUAUUUGUCCUUUCAGCAUUUAAAAGAUAGCAUAUUUAGCCAAAAAAGAAUUCAACCUAGAUCCAGGGGAAUGGUAUAAACCUAAUUAUAUAUUAUUUCUCCUUGAAUAAUUACAUAAUUCUAUACCAAUCAGAGGUAAAUAAUAUUAUAAUUAUUUAAUAAUAGCAUCUGAAAAUCUUAAAUUAUAAGUAUUUAAUGAUUCUUGUCUCUUUCUUGAUUAAUUAAUGAAUACAAUGUUUGAAAUGAAAUUUUAAAGUGAUCAAAAUUUAGAGGAGCUUUUAGAAAAGAGUCAUUUAUAAUGUAAAAAUAGUUUAGCCAUUUUUAUUUUAACCAGAAUUGGUUUAGAUGAACCUAAUUAAAAAUAUUUAAAAAUUCUAGAUGAACUAAUGGAACUACCAUAUUUCUAAGGUAUUGUUGGUGGUACACCAAAAAGAGCAUUCUACAUACUAGGGAGAAUUAAUGAUCAUUACAUUUAUUUAGAUCCACAUUAUGUUUAAGAAGCUGAAAAUAAAGAUUAAAUUAUAGAGAAUAAAAUGUUCUAUAAUACUUCUUAUAGUUGCAAAUAUAUUCAUUUAUUAAACCAAAAGGAUGUUGAUACAUCUAUGGGAAUUUCCUUCUAUAUUCGCAAUUAGACUGAAUUAUUUCGGUUUUGGAGAAAUGUAAAAUAAUUUAAUUUUAUUAAUAUAGAUAAAAUAAAUUAAACAAAAAUAAAAUGAUUUCUUUAUUUUCCUCUCAAAUUUCACUCCUGAAUACGUAGAUUAUAGUAACUAAUUAGAGGAUAGUAACAAAUAACUUAAUGAUGAUGAUGUUGUUUUUUUAUAAUGA